AAGAAUCAAUGGAUUCACAACAAAGUGAUGCUUCACCUGCUCAAAUAUUAUUAAGAAACGAAGGUAUUUUUUCGGAUAAUAAUAGUGAAAUAUAUGAUGAACAAGAUGAAAGUUCAAUGUCUCCAGCAUCAUUAUCAUCAUCAUCAUUUUUACAUUCAAAAAAUCGAACUUCAACAAAUCGAACUAUAGGCAAUUUUUUAAAUAAUACAAAACAACAUGGAUUAAAUGAUAUAUUUAGUAAUAGUACUAUGAAUUCAUCUCAUAGAAAUAGACGUAAUUCAAAUGAUGAUAAACGACCUUAUCAAUGUUCAAUAUGUUCAAAAAAAUUUAAACAUAAACAUCAUUUAAAAGAACAUGAAAGAUUACAUUCAGGUGAAAAACCUUAUACAUGUGAUAAAUGUGGUAAACGAUUUAGUCAUUCUGGUUCAUAUUCUCAACAUAUUAAUCAACGUAAUAAAUAUUGUCGACCUGAUGAACCUAAUAUAGACUUUGAUUAA